UCCAGGUGUGUGCACAUCACCUGCCCGAGCCCUAUAUAAAGGCGGCGGCGGCGGCGGCGUCGCCACUCGGCUGCAGCUCGCAGGGUGCCCGCCGCGCCUCCCGUCCCGCUCCCACCCAUGGGCUGGCUCGGAGCCCUGGCUCUGCUGAGCGCCCUGGCGCUGUGCCGCUGCCUGCGGCGCCCCGGCGCCCACCCGCACCAUCCCCACGUGCACUGCUACAGCGCGGGCGAGCUGCAGGACGGCGAGGCCCCCGCGCACUUCGUCAGCCGCAGCCUGCGCUGGGACCACUACGUGCCGGUGCAGCUGGUGCCGCAGCUGGAGCGCCUGCAGGAUGAAGCCCGACGCCGACGACGCCGACGGCACCACCGCGAGCGCGCCUGCCCCGCGCUGCAGCUCCGCGCCGGCCUCCGCAGCGAGCCCAACGAGCGCUCCAUCUCCCCGUGGCGCUACCGCAUCGACGAGGAUGAGAACCGCUACCCCCGCAAGCUGGCCUUCGCCGAGUGCCUCUGCGACGGCUGCGUGGACGUGAAGACGGGCCGGGAGACCACGUCGCUCAACUCGGUGGCCAUCCACCAGACCAUGAUGGUGCUGCGGCGCAAGCCCUGCCCGCGCCCCUCCGGCCCCGGCCUCGUCACCUUCGAGGUGGACUACAUCAAGGUGCCCGUGGGCUGCACGUGCGUCCUGCCCCGCACCGGGCGCUGACCCCCCCCCCCCCC